AUGGCCUUCCUAGAAGACCCGCGCUUACGCCAGCGCUGGAACCAAAUCACUCACGAUGCAGAGGCGGCCACAGAGAAUGCCGCCGCAGGUAUAUGGUCCUUUCAGCAACACUACAUUAAUCCCUGCUUCGGAUACCUGAGCGGCUCCAUCCAUCGAUGCACCGCCGUCUGCCUGGGUGACCACGACGAGCGCAUGCGCCGCCGCAGAGAGCGCGAGCGAGCCGGACCCGGCGCCGAAUACUCGUUUGACUUCUACGACGACUGGUUAGACGAGGAGCAUCCCGAUGACGGCGGCAGCGGCCCCGGCUUCUUUGGUAGCUGGGCCGGCGAGGACUGGGAUCGACUCCUCGCGGGCAGCGGCAGCCACCGCAAGCAUCUCGGCGGCGAGGGCACCACGACCGAGCAGCCUCGACGGAAGCGCGGCAUGAGCUACGGAACCAGAGGAACCCGGCGCAAGGCGAGCGAACACGACCCCACCAUCAUCCCCAGCACCCAGCCCAUCGGCUUCCUGAGCAAGCUGCCCUGGAAAAUGGGCGGCACCUUGCGAUAUAAACCCAGCGCGGCCGACCUGCAGGAUCAUCCUGGCAAGCACGGAAAUCCCGAAACGGCACCUCUGCUCGGCAGCGACGACGAAUCCGACUACGGCCAGCUAAUUGUGCCGCGCAAACGAAGCGGCACCACAGGAUCUGGUGGCACUGGAGGCACCUCGGAUUCCUAUCGCUCGCGAGGCGAUUUAUUCCCAUCUGAUGGCGAAGGCGAAGAAGAUGCCAUUGUGUUGGAUGACGACGUCACGUAUGACAUGGUCCGGAACGAUCGCAGCAGCGGGAAAAGUGAUAGGACGAGAAGCAGCAAAGGCAAGCGGCCGGCUGAGGGUGGAGGAUUCUUUGCGCCAAGAACCCUCUCUAGAACUACUUUGGCGUCCAACUCCUCGGCGGAUACGAUGCCGCUGCAACGCUCCAUCUCGUCGCUGGCCAUCAGCCCAGCCGCGAUCGAGCGCGUGCCGUCACUGCAGGACCUACAGAUGGAGGAGGAGAGGCUGCAAAGCGAAGAGGACCAAGAGAUUGUCCGCAAAAAAGAGGCCGCGGCACAAUUAGCUGCACAGCUGGGUCUUUCACCAACCAGCACUGAUCCAUACUCUACUGCCGAGCCCAAGCCUUUGUUAUCGACGAAUAAUGUACAGAUCCCGCCACCCGCGCAACAAGUAGCGCAGCAGACUCGGGACCCAAAGAGCGCUGCUACUAGCGAAGAGCAACGGAAGUCGAAAUCGAGGCAAAGCUCGCAGACAACCCUGGAUGGGUUUGUGCCUGCACGACUGCCACACUUUGGCUGA